GGGCGUUCAAUAUAACGACGCUUGCAGUCCAAAAGAAAUUUCUUAUUUUUUAUUAAAUCAACAAAUAUAUUCAUAAUACAUAGAAAUUGUGGAAUUUAAAAUGACGCUAAGCGGCGUUUUAACGCUGUGCUUUGCUUUUGUGAUUUUUAUCGGCGGAACUCGUGCUAACGAUUGUUCAAAUUAUGUUUCCGCCGACACUUUGGAAGUUCCUGAAAACACGGAAUGUACUCUAUCGUCGGAUCUUGACAAGAAUGAAGUGAUAGUUCAUGGAACUAUUACAAUAACGACAUCGGAUCUUAUCGUUAUUCGCGCCAAUAUUGUCGAUGUACACGCUGGCGGUAAAAUAACAGCCGACAAUUUAGCUUCCGGCGGAACUGGUAGGGGAAAUGCUCUCGGAUCUGGAGGUAGCCAUGGUGGGCGGGGAGGUAGUGCAGCCAACAAUUUCCUCUCCGUGUCCGACGCCCCUACAUACGAUAGUACCUCAAAUACCGCUGAACCUGGAAGUGCAGGUGGGGGUUCUGGGGCCGGUCUAGGCGGUGGAACGUUCGAUAUAUAUGCAGACGCCCUAACAAUAAAUGGAAUGAUUUCGGCAAAUGGCGGCGAUGCCACCGGAAGUGGUGGUGGCGGAAGUGGAGGAAGCGUCUACCUCGAAAUCGGUACACUUUCCGGUUCCGGUGUGAUAUCAGCACGAGGCGGUGAUGGUUCCGGGGAUGGUGGUGGGGGAGGUGGGGGACGAAUAGCUAUUGUACAUACUAAUGCGCUUUCGUUCUCGGGAAACAUUUUUGCCGACGGAGGUCUUGGUGGUUCAAUGCAAACAACGCUUGUUGCAUCCGGAUCGUCAAUGAGCUCAAGUUCGAGUCAAAGCGCUCGCCCGAACUCAUAUGGCUAUCUCGGCACGCACAGCUCGUAUUCCUGGAGACCAUCGACGUAUGCCGGGUCGUACCUACAAAUGAGCCUCGACUCCGAGAACUAUGUCACGGCCAUCAAGACAAGAGGUGGAUCGGGUUAUUAUGUGCAAACCUACACUGUCCGGUACUACAACUCCUCAUCUGACUCAUGGUUUACCAUUGGAGAUGACAACUAUCUCUUCAGCGGCAAUACGGACGCGUCUAGUCAAGUAACGCGAUACCUGCCAUGGCCGUUGUAUACAAAUAAAGUGCGACUGUACCCGGUGUCAUACUCCGGCGCACCUGAACUCUCAUUCCAGUUGCUAGGAUAUGCUCCAGGCACUUCUGAGACAAAUCCAACCGGUAUUUGCACUCCGGCAACGAAAGGUGGAAGUGGCGGUCCGGGAACGAUAUAUUACAGAAUGAAUGAAAACGAGGCUAAACUUGUCAUAAAUAACUAUGGAAAGAGUCCGAACCUAGCAAUGGACCCAACAUGCACAGCUAUGGACGUGCUUCAACAAGGUGCCGCCGCAUAUGUUUCCGACGAGGAUGCUGUUUUUAACGAAAUUGUGAUUAAUGACGGAUCUCAUCUGGUCCUAAGCUCAAAUCAGAACGUCACGGAUGUACUCGGAGAUGGGAGGUCAGUUCUUCAUUUAGCAGACGACUCAAAUCUCGAUGUAAAUGGUAAAAUGACUGCUCAUGCGCACAUCUACCCUGGAAGUUCCAUGAAAUUUCAUGCAGUUCCGGAAGUGGAACUUGUCGGUUCCAUUUAUGUAAGUGGGUCUUUAGAAAUGACAAAUGGUCCAAAACAGUCCUUGAUCCUUGCUGAACCAGCAGCUUUGACAUUUAAUACGACGGAAAUAAUGCAUUUAGAAUGCGAGACAUUAGACAUAAAAGAAAAUGCCCAAUUAUCAAUAAACAACAUCGGACCUUUCAUAUUAAAUUCAACAAAUGUUGUGAUAGGCGGAGAGUUCAUUGCCGAAGAGUUGGACAUUUUAGGAGGUACUAAAAGUUUCAUUGUAGAGUCAGAGGGAGUUGUGAACUUUUACCCUUCAACACCAUUUUUUUACCUCGGCGAAGAGAUCGACAUUCGGGGACAAGUGAAUUUAGAAAAACAUAUAUCAAUCAAGAAACCAUGUAAUCAAUUCCUUCUGGAAAAAGGUACGCUCACUUGGCCGCAAACUGAUGAUAUAAUUAUGCUUGAGUGUGAAAUCGUAAAAAUUAACGGUGUUUUCAGCCCCGGCAUUGUCUCUACUGGAACCGGAAUAGACCAGUUUACCAUAGGGUCAUCUGGUACAUUUACCUUAACAACAGACGGUCCUUUCCAGGCAGACACAAUUUCCAUAGCCGGAAAAAUGUACGUUGAAAACAUUGCAACGAUAAUGUCACAUUUAUCCUUAGAUGGAAGAGUGAAAGAAAUGACCAUACACUCUCCCAGUGGAGUCCUUGAACUUAAUAGAGAGAACUUACCCGCACAAAACUAUUCCGAAGAACUUAACCAAACUUGCAAUAUACUGAAAGUCAAAUCGCUUACCAUAGAUAAAACGUUCACUGCUAACGACCUUGAUAUCGACAAUGGCAUGGAUGACGUCACUGUAAAUAAGGACGGCACAUGGACGUUCAAUGCAUGCAACACGUUUCAAAUACACACGAUUUAUACAAAUGGUACAAUCACUUCAGCUGGACCUUUGUCGCUGAUAGGAAAUGGACUGGACAAAGUACACGAAUUUUAUAUAGAGUAUGGAGGGAAAGUAACGCUUGACGCAGAAGUUCAAAGUUCAAGAGAUUGGACAGAUGUUUCACUUGUUGGUGUACACGACUUCAAAGUUUAUGGAGCUUUCAAAGCUGGUUGGAUGAAAAAUUACGUCACAAGCGGUUCAACAGAAGAAGGCUGGGAUAAACUUGAAAUUCUUGUAAAUGGAACAUUCUAUUUUAAACCGGAAGGAAAUUUUCUGAUUGACUACAUGUAUGUGAAUGGACAUUUUGAGGCAUACGAUACCGUCAAUAUGACAGGGACAGACGCAGACCUUAUCAUCCAUAUGGGACCCAAAGGUAAAAUGAAGUUUGACUCCUUGGUCACCUCUGAUUGGUCAGAAGAAUCGGCUGUCACAGCAAGCCAAAUUCAGAUGGAUGUUGGUUCCUACUGGCAAACCGGAAACACUAAAUGGAAUGUGCAAGAAGCGUUAAUCGCUGGAUCCCUGUACUCAUACCCGUCUUCAGACGUAAUUAUAGUCUUUUUCACUGUUCAGAGUAGCGGAAGCGUUGAAUUUUCUAGGACUUCCCAUUUCAAAGGGAGUGGUUUUAAUGUAAAUUCUGGAGCAACAAUGGACAUUGCGUACAUGAAAUCGCCAGAGGACAUUUCCCAGGGUUCAGAACCAUCUACGUUACUCUAUAAAACGGUGGACAUUGCUGGGACAUUCCGAGCUGGUUCCCUUUAUAUUGGUCACCUUGGUGAUAACGUGCAGUUCUGUGAGAAUGUGUACGUGUCUGGAACCAUUGACGUCAGCAGUGGAGGGUAUCUUUAUGACACCGGACCAGGCAAAGGCCAGAUAAAUUCUAAUGGAGCCAGCGGAGCAAGUCAUGCAGGACGGGGUGGGCGUGGUUAUUCACUUGUUUCCGCGCUUUUGCCUCAUGGAACUAUAUUUAUUGAAAGUAGUUGGGGAUCGGGAGGCGGAAGCCAUACCAUAAAUGGUAACAACGGUGGGCGUGGCGGAGGCAUUAUUCAUAUUUACGUAACACAAAGCAUCGAAAUAAGUGGCAUUUUGAGAGCAAAUGGCGCAAGUCCAUCGUAUCAGUAUGCUGGUGGAGGUAGUGGUGGCAAUAUUUAUUUGCGCAGUGAGGAUCGUUUUGAAUUGACUGGAAAUAUAUAUUGUAAUGGCGGAUCAGUUUCCGGCAGAGGUGGAGGCGGAGCCGGCGGAUGGAUACAUGCGUAUUUCCGGUUUGCUGAUUAUCACAGCGGAUACGUGGAAGCAAAAGGAGGAAGCUCAAGUCAAGGAGAAAAUGGCGGUCCCGGUGUUUCAUAUUUUGAAGGGUCACAAAUUUCAAAUCUGCGAGUUGAUAACGGCUGUCAACAACCACAGGUAACGGAACCUGUAGGAAGCAAUGCUGGGGCCGACGAGUAUGAAACAUAUCUGUCAACAGGCGCUAUUGCCAUCCUGGACCCGCCAUCGGACGGGUACACUUUUACGUUUUCUCACAUGGAGCUUUACGGGGGAGCGCAUUUAGCAUUUAAUGGUACAGGGACUAAAGUGGUUACACAAUUUAUGUAUGGUGACGAUAGUGGACACCUUCAUAUUGGCCCUGGACAAACUUUUGAACAAAUUGAGGUGUCUCCGUACAGGCGGACGAACAUAACGUAUGAGCUUUUCCUAUAUGAAGGCGCCACGUGGGUGUUGCCGGAGUCGACUGUAGAGUUCCGUGAGGUUUUGGACCAGGAUGCUCAUGGAAUGGAAACCAGUUCUACAUCAUGUCCGGCCAGCAUGCUCAGAUCUACUUCCGGUCAUAUAUGGGGAGUUAUAGAUGGAACAAAAGCACAUCUUCUGAUAUCAACGGGUGCGACCUUGACCCUCGGAACAGCGGGAGUAAGAAAUAACAUCUUCGCUAACUUGACAGUACAAGAUGGAGGAGUGUUAGACCUCUAUACGAAUUACGGCGACAUAGAUGAUGUAUGGAUUCUUGAGGUAGGAAAAGCAGGUCACACGGGUCAGAUUACGAUAGAAGCUGGCGGAGUGAUCGAAUCAGCAAAUCUUAGGGUACAUACAGAUAUAUUAAAAGUCGACAAGCUUGGAACAUUGACUGCCUCUGGGAAAGGUCUUAGGACUGGCGACGGUGCGGGGACAGUCUUAGCAGGGGCAAGCUUCGGUGGCUUCGGUGGAAUCGGAAACCCCGGUGAGCCAGGGCUGACAUAUGGCAGUGUCUAUAAUUCGCAUUUGAUGUUUGGGAGUGGUGGCGGAGGAGCUACCGUUACAUACGGUGCUGGCGGAGGCAUACUAGACCUUGAUAUAAGUCAGAUUCUAGUUGUUGAAGGAACAAUUGAGUCGAAUGGCAAUAUCGGUUACUCCUCUGGAAUCGCUGGCGGAAGUGGUGGUUGUAUACUUAUAAACACACAUGACCUGGAAGGUUCCGGAAGUAUACAGACUUCCGGUGGAGAUGGAACAACGGAAACGGGACCUGGCGGAGGCGGAAGGAUUGCUGUUUAUUAUAAGACGACUCAGUUCUGGUUUGGCAGUCUAGAUUCACGUGGCGGGAAUAGCAGUAUGAGCAUUGGCGGUGCGGGAACAGUCUAUCUUAAGGACAUGGUGACUGACGCCCAGAACGAGACAUUAAUCGUUGAUAAUUAUGGUCUGGAACAUUCCGAAUCGGAAAUUAGUGACCAUGCAUAUGGUGAUGUCACCAGUCGAGCGGGCCGCACAUGGAUUGCUGACGACACCCUCCAAGAAAUGGACACAAUUCGUUUAGUCAGAAACGCCCAUCUUGCAAUAGAUCCGAGUUUGACAGAAGACGUUUUUCAACUUCAAGCGUUCAUGUUUGAAGGUGACUCAUCAGGUACUUUGCAUGUAGGAGCUGGUCAGCUUGUGAUCGUACAACAUCCAGAAGAUAUGGAAUUCCUAGUGAACGUCUAUGUUUAUGAAGAUGCCAAGUUGAUUUUACCAACAGAUUUCAUAUGUUAUAACACCGAAAUGCAUAUUUGGGGAACAAUAGGUGUCCAUGAUAUGACAGUAGGUGACGGAUGUUCAUUGUAUCUAGGAAGUACAGGAUCGACAACGCGAACAGGUGUUUCCUCUGAAAGUGGAACAUUUGAUUUUGACGAGAUUUCAGUUGCGGCAGGUGGCGAAAUUACAUCGACAUGGGAUCUUACGGGAGCUAAUGACGUCAUAAACAUAAAGGCGAGAAAGCUUCGUGUGAAAGGCGGAGGUUUAGUACAUUCAACCAAAGUGAAUAUCGAGGCUGAAAAUCUUAUCAUUGACGACUUGGGCAAGAUCAUUGGAGAUUUACACGACAUCCCAUGUGAUGCUGCCAACAGAGGCCAAAGCGGAACGAUCGGAACAGGUGCGUGUCACGCUGGUCCCGGUGGAGCUAACACUAAGAACAAGCUUACAUGUGCGCCUUUUGGCCAAGCGUUUGAGCCGAAGGAUAGAGGUUGCAAAGGUGGAGAUUCUUCAGUAUCGGGAAACGGUGGCCGUGGUGCAGGUGUAAUUUACCUUAAAGUAACAUCUGAGCUGCAGAAUGACGGUGAAGUAAGCUGCAAUGGCGAGGCCGGAUCUGGCGCUAGCGGUGGUGCUAGUGGAGGAUCGAUUCUGAUUGAUGUUGCAAAUGUUAAGGGUUACGGACAUUUUCAAGUAACAGGGGGUGAUGGCUCCACUUAUGGUGAUUAUGAAGGAUGUGGUGGGUCAGGUGGACGGAUAGCAAUGUACUUUGAUAGCAAUUUUACAUAUUCUGGCUCUUGGGACAUUUACGGAGGCGACUCUUCAAGCCCAGAAUGUGACGGAGCGUCAGGGACAGCGUUCUUUUAUCACAAUGGCUACAGUCACUCAACAUUACUCAUUAACAACCGUGGCCGUGGGAUAGCUGGCGAAAGUGGUGUGAUAAAUGACUACAACGACCUUUCAGAGGAUACAACUCAUACUUGGUUUUUACCUCACCAUGGUGAAAAUAACAGAUUUCCUACAGAUGAAAUUGUCUGUGGUCUACCACAUGAUGAUGUCUACAGCGCCUCACAGUUCGGAUCAUCUGGUGGUGGAGACGGUGGUGGAAGAGGUGCCGGUUUGAUACGAAUCAGUGCAACAAAUACAAUCCACAUUGACGGUGAACUUUCAGCUAACGCUGAAGACGGAAGUACCGUUCUUGGACAAGUUAGUGGUGGUGGGAGUGGUGGUAGUAUCUGGAUGCAAACUGAUCGGCUGACAGGCUUUGGUCUCAUUCAAGCAGCUGGGGGAAAAGGUUCGUUCGGUGAUACCAAGGUUCAAGAACUAGUCCGCAGCGAUGGCCUCGAACGGAUCCGUUGUGAUACAAUUAAAAAAUGCAUCGGUAGUAACUGUUAUGAUGAAACCACUUGUACAAAGACCGUCUGUAAUAGCCUUGAAUCAGGAGCAACGUGCACAGAAGUACAAGUGGACGAACUUCCGGUAAACGAAAUGCGUUGCUACGCUGGUCAGGACUGUAGCUCCGGUUCUUGUGUUCCAAUAACUGAAUGUUCUUACCUUUGUAACAACGAGGAAAGAUGCAACUAUGCCGAUGCUUCGUGUCAGACAAAAGAAGUAUGCUGCACAGCCGACUUUUCAGACUGUUGUUAUGAUUCCAUUGAUUUGUUCUUGGACAGGAAAACAAAAAACUUACAGUCAAAAUACAUUUGCUGUCAUGAUCAUAUAUCAUACGGUGAAGAGUGUUGUUACGACACUGGAACAGUUUAUGAUAAUGAAUACGGUUGGUUAUACAACCAGACCAUGUGCUGUCGUAUAGAAGAUUCGUGUUCUGGAAGUUCUUGUAGUCGUGAGCAAAUAUGUUGUGCAGAAGGCUAUGGCUGUGAAUCCAGAACAGUUUCAACCUGGACAACAACAACAACGACUACAACACCAGCUUCAAAUACAACUAAUUCAUCUACAGAGGAUCCGACCACAAGCACGACUACGCCACCAAAUGUUAUUUCUGAUACAACCCCAAUUCCCACGUACACGCUCUUAGGUGACGUCGUAGAGUCGUCGGGAGGUGGCGGUGCGGGCGGAAGAAUAUCAAUUCUGUUUGAAAGAAACUUUACUUUCAGUGAGUUUCGUUAUCUUGCAAAUGGGGGAUUGCCUGGUAGGGAAUGUGAUGAGUGCGAAGCUGGAGGACCAGGUACUGUGUUCUUGUAUCACUUAAAAGAGGAACAUAGGACAUUGAUUAUAGAUAACAACGGCGCCCCACGCCCAAGAGAUUUAUAUGUCAACUGGAACAGCAAAAGCCAAGAUUGUGGACGUGCCUGGAUUAUGCCAAUUUCUGGAAAGCAUUCUUUUGCCACAGGCACAACCGGGGGAUAUGCAUAUGAGUUUGAGGAGCUUCAGAUAUAUGGAAACGGAGAACUGCGCGAUUGA